GGAACCGGCAAGUCAUGUAUAACAAUGCGUCUCGUGCGCAGUCAAUGGAUGGACGAAUACGACCCCACUAUAGAGGACUCGUACUCGACCACCUGCGUCGUCGACGGCGAAACCUUCGAACUCGACAUCAUCGACACCGCCGGACAGGAAGAAUACCGAGGCCUGCUAAGCGGUCUGUGGCAGGCCGGCAACGUCGCAGAUGCAUAUCUGCUAGUCUACGACAUUACGAAUCUGCAGACGCUGCGGGCGCUCGAAGAAUUCGACGACCUGAUAUCGAACGCGCAAGAGAUCAAUCAUGCGCCUAAUACGACUCCACCCGUGAAGCUGGUUGCGGGGAAUAAGUGCGAUUUGGCGACAUACCGUGCUGUUCCUAGUCAGCAGGGACUGAAUUGGGCCCGUCGGCAUGGUUGUGGAUUCAUGGAAACAAGUGCGCUGAUGAGUGUCAACAUCGAAGAGACCUUCUCUCUGAUGGUGCGGCGGGUGCGCGACAACCGAAUCCUCGAGCAGAAA